UUGGAGCAAGUUUUAAGCUUAUUUCUAAUUCUACAAGUUAUGGAUAAUCGAGUUAUUAGUUUUUUUUAAUGGUCAUCAAAUUUAUUGAAUAGUUGAUUGAUGUAGUAUAACAGUACUUUCGUUGUUCAAGGUUCAUACUAUUAAAAAUGUAUGAAUUGUUGGUUUUUAGUACGGAAUGAAAAAGAAAUCAAAUUUGAUUCGUUCAACAAAAAAAAAAAGAAAAAGAAUUUAAAGAAGUAUUGUUAAGAUAAAAAAAAAGCAACGCUAUGGACAGCAGCUAUGGAAAGUUGAAAAUAUGUCGAAAAUAUCAUGUACACAUCAAAUCAGAAAACCAAAAAUAUUAUUUAUCCACACGCGUCUCUAUAAUAUGUUAGUACAAUGCAUAAGGCAACCAAAUUAAACAAGGAAUCACUUUUUAUGGGCAACGUAGUACAGGAAAACUAAUAGUUCUACAGAAGAAGAAAAUUAAUACGAGCUAUAUGACUGAAAACUAUAUAGUGAACAACAAUUAACAAUUGUCCAAAGUCUUAUCGUUGAAGUUUGAAAGCGUAGUCGCGUAGAACGGUAGAUUGAUAAAUGAUAAUCUUUAUUAUUUAUAUUUUAUAUCGUAUAAAUUAUACGUUGUGUCGCUGUGUGAUAACUUAGAAAACGUUUUUUAUGAAUGUACAAUAUAUUAUUUUGUUGGAUACGAUAGUUUGAUUAUUGUACGAUAUAUCGAGUAAAACAAGUUGGCAACUCUGCGUGGCAUCAAUAUUUGUUCAUGUAACACUGCAGAAAUUUAUAAUAACAAAUAACAAUCAAGUUUUCGUUUAUGAAAACGUCUUCACAAGAACUAUCUUUAUUGGCGGUUGUAGUAAAAAACGCGUGUAUGGUGUAUGUGCAAGGAACCAGCUAUGGAUGAGAAUCCACCUGUAAAGAAUGGAGAUCCCAUGGAACUUUCCUCGGAUGACAUAUUUGGUGUAAUGAAAAAUAUUUCAAUGGUCAAAAAUGGCUUAAUGUCUUAUGAAAAUGAUACUAUACAAAUUGAAAUUGGUAAUAGUGAUGCAGAUGAAAUGUUUACAAUUGGAGAUAAUGAUUUAAGUUCUUUUGAAAAAGAUCUAUUAGAUAAUGUUAUUGGAAUGGCUGAAGAAGAAGUUGUCACUCAAUAUGAUGAAACGCCUACUGUAAAAGAAAAUUUCAACAAAUUUAUACACAAAGGUAAAAUGUUGAGUGAACGACUUCAAAGAAUAAUAUCAAAGUUACAAAAUAUACAACUUAAAACUAUGAGCAAAUGUUCCACUCAAGAAAUCUAUAAUGUAUUACAAUCACAAAAAAGUAAUGCCAUUAAAAAUAUCAAAUCAACAUUGCUCAAAGUUCAAAAAAGGCAAUCUAAUCCAUUUUUGAAAACUUUACUUUGUGAUGAAAUUAAAGAUGGUGAAAAAGUCUUUGGAAUGCUAGAGUCUCAAAUUAAAACAGUAAAUGAAGAAUACGACUCGGAGGCAACAGCUAGUGGUUCAGAAAGUGAUACGUUAGGAGAAACUAGUGAAGAAGAUUUACAAACACCUAAUAGUUGUCCCAUAGAAAAAAGAAAUUCUUGGAAAUGGCUUCAUGAACGGGCAAGUAUUGCUUACCGAUUAACUUGGUUGGUUAAUGUUAUGUCUGAUAUAGAGUUUAAAAUCAAUUUUUAUAAUGAAGCAUUAAAUCGAUAUUCUUCUCAUCCAUAUAUACAAGAUCAGGAAGAAGAAUCUGGUAGACGAUGUUUUCCAUAUGAACCAAAAACUCAGCAUAGAAUGUUAAUGCAACCUCCACUCAUAAACUUGGCUGCUGCUUUAAAAAAAGGAGAUAAAGCCAAAUUAAAUCGUAUUAAUCCCUGUGAUUGUUAUGGGAUUGAUUCUUGUCCUACUUGUGUAAGUCUUCAGCGCGAUUCAAAUGAUUCUGGUCAUUUUUUGAGCGAUACUUUUCACCCAGUCCUAUCAUAUUCUAAAGAUAUUUCGUUGAAUGUUGCGUUAUCUAAUGAGUUAGGAAAAUCAUCAUUUCAUCUCAAACAAAAAAACAAGUCUUCAUCUGAUUCAAAUUUUAAUAAAUAUUUUGUAGACCGGACACCUGAACAAAGUCCUACUAUUAGUCAAGUUCCACCUGUUAAAUUACAAAAUGCUUGGCCUACUCGCAAUGAUCCAAUUACUAAAUUCAAUCGAAAUCAAAGGCAAGCAAGAAAAAGAAGACGUAUACGUUAUAGUAAACAUAAAAGAAAUAGAAUGGAUGAAGAUUAUAAAUAUAACAGUAGAAGAAGUAGUGAAAGUAUUUGUGAUGAUGAUGAUCUUGAUGAGGCUUAUGAUGAUGACAAUUAUGACUCUGAUCCAGAUUAUAGUCCUUGGUUCCCAAGAACAGGAGAUAAAACUUACAAUGCUAAGCGUGAGUAUGAUAUUGACAACAUUGUAAUACCCUAUAGUAUUGCUGCUGCAUCAAAAGUUGAAAUGGUCAAGUAUAAAGAAAUAGUAACCCCUAAGUGGCGAAUUGUCAAAGAAUUAGAUGUAGAUCCAGUUGAAUUUGCUGCAACAAUUCCUGAACCAGAAGUUGUUGAAGAUCUUGACGAUGGUAAACGUAGUGCUCAUCAUGAAGCAUGUGAAAUGGAAGAACGAAUGAGAUUUAGGACUAUAAAAAAGCAAACAGAGCGCACGCAUAAGAAUAGUGGUCAUUGUAGUAGUGGUGAAAAUACAUCUGAAGCAAUGUCACCACUAUUUGAAAGUCGAUCCCCAAUGCCUACUGUUGAAGAGGAACCAGAUGCAGGACCUAGUACUCAAGAUUGGAACCAAUAAAAUAUUUUUAUUAUUGAUAAAUAAAUAUUGUAUAUUAUAAAUUGUAAAAACCAAAGUUAAUGCUUUAGGUUAGUUAUACAUAAAAUUAAUUGUCAUAUUUAGGUAUAUUAUUUUUAUAAAAAAAUUAGAACUAAUGUAAAAUAUUUUUUCUUUACUUGUAUUAUACAAGUUGUAUAGUAAAAUAUAGCCUGAUAAACAUUUACUUUUA